AAGGAAAACAGUGUGAUCAUCUGAACUCGUGGAGAGAUUGGCUAGAGCAGAAGUUUAACCGAAUUUUCCAAGUAAUGCGUGGCAUCGAAAGCCACAAUUAUUUAUUGUUCUGGAAAGUUCAGUGGAGAUAAGAUCAGUUUGCACGCUUCCCAAUUCAGCAACUCUGCGACAGAACAAACAAAUCUCGCACGUCAUCAUCUUCAAGCUUUUCCCACUCCAUCGUUUAUAAACUCCAAACAGCUUUUGCAAAUUGCCAAAAUCCCAUCGCCCUUUCAAGUUCCAGCCCCCAACCUUCUAAAACAGGAAAUUUGUAAUCGAACCCAGAAAAGGAAAAGAAAAAAACAUGCGGUUUAAUAACUCUCAAGUCAACCAACGCAUUGCAACAAUCUCAGCCCAUCUCAACCCUCCCAAUUAUUCCCAGAUGGAGGGUGGUUCGGGUUUGGGUCGAGCCAACUGCCGGGCCAAAGGUGGGUCAGCCGGGUUCAAGGUGGCAAUUUUGGGAGCAGCGGGGGGAAUAGGGCAGCCGUUAGCGAUGUUGAUGAAGAUGAACCCUUUGGUUUAUGUUCUUCAUCUUUAUGAUGUGGUUAAUACCCCUGGUGUUACCACUGAUAUUAGCCACAUGGACACUGGAGCUGUGGUACGUGGAUUUUUGGGGCAACAGCAAUUGGAGGAGGCUCUUACAGGAAUGGACCUUGUAAUUAUUCCAGCUGGAGUUCCCAGGAAACCUGGAAUGACAAGGGAUGAUCUUUUCAACAUCAAUGCUGGAAUUGUUAAGACUCUUUGCGAAGGAAUAGCAAAGUGCUGUCCCAAAGCUAUUGUCAAUUUGAUUAGUAAUCCUGUUAAUUCAACAGUGCCAAUCGCUGCAGAAGUUUUUAAGAAAGCUGGCACCUUUGAUCCAAAGCGACUUUUGGGAGUCACAAUGCUUGAUGUUGUCAGAGCCAAUACUUUUGUGGCGGAAGUGUUGGGUCUUGAUCCACGGGAGGUUGAUGUUCCUGUUGUUGGGGGGCAUGCAGGGGUUACUAUUUUACCUGUUCUAUCUCAGGUUAAACCUCCAUGUUCUUUCACCCAAAAAGAAAUUGAUUAUCUGACAGAUCGCAUUCAGAAUGGUGGUACGGAGGUUGUUGAGGCAAAGGCUGGUGCUGGGUCUGCAACAUUAUCAAUGGCAUAUGCUGCGGUUAAAUUUGCUGAUGCAUGCCUUCGUGGCUUAAGAGGAGAUGCUGGCGUUGUUGAAUGUUCAUUUGUGGCCUCACAUGUGACUGAAUUACCCUUCUUCGCCUCCAAGGUAAGACUUGGUCGGUUCGGAGUUGAGGAAGUAUACCCUCUUGGCCCACUAAAUGAGUAUGAGAGGGUGGGCUUGGAGAAGGCAAAGAAAGAACUAGCAAGUAGCAUUCACAAGGGCGUUUCCUUUGUCAAGAAAUGAGUAGGUGCUUGAUAUCUUGGUUUACCCUGAGAAUCAAGGAACGCUACAGUUAUACCUAUUUUCUGACAACAAAAGUUUCUAGGAAUAAGGGGUAAAACCCCUGUUUUGUUUUACCAAAACCCUGUGCCAUGGGUUCGUGGAUGUGAGCCAACCUCGCAAUUGUGGUGGGUUAUGGUUAAAAUUCAUGAUGCAUUAAUGGUUUGUAAAUUAGGAAUGUCUGUUUCAUUUUUUAUUCUAUCAAUCAAAAGUUUAUGUUAUGCCGACUCUCCUAUUUACCGGA